AUGCAAAUGGAUGAAGAAAAUUAAGGAUUAGUACAUCAAGAUGUGAAGAAACCUAAGGAACCUGAAACACGUGGCAUCCUCUCCACCAUUUGUUACAUAAUCCAACUCGUCAUACUCAUCUUAUUAGUUUUCUUGGUUUUCAAGUAUGCUCUGGCCAAUCAUAAAUAAUCGACUUAGAUCCCUUAGAUUUAAUAGUUGAACGUGAAUGAAACAGAAAAUAUAGAUGAUAUUGAUAAUACUGUGGUGUUGGAUAAAGAAGAUUAAGACAUCAUGCAAUUCUUGACUAGUCCUGAAGAUGUUACUCAAUUUGAUAACAUCAUGCCAGAACCAGAAGAAGAACAAUUUGAAGAAUUAAUAUUCGAAGCUGAACCAUGGAAUGAAGGGCAAUUAUAGGGUUGGCAAUACAAGAAUGGUUUAACUUUGAUUGUCUAAGAAAAAUAAGUGGACAUAGCUACUUUGUAAUUUGUCAUCUACCAUGGUUAUCAUGAUGAUGAAUACAAUACAUUAUUCAUGCAUUUAUUAUUGAAGUAGUAGUGUUCCUAAGCACAAUUGAUUGAAAGAGCAUACAUGAGUACUGUGACCAUUCACUUUAAAAACGAAUAAAUGGAAACUUGUAUAAGAAAGUUCGCUGAUUCACUUGUGAGAGAAUACACUCAAGAGGAUUUGGAUAAUAUUAAUAGUGAAUCAAUUUAAACCAGCGACAUUGAUCUCAUUUCCAAAAUAGACAGAGUCUUAGAUGCAAUAUCAUUAAAUAAUGAGAUCAUGACUGAACCCAUACAGAUACAAGAUUUAUAGAAUUACAUCGAAUUAAUAUUGGUUUCCAAUCCACUUAGGUUGACAAUAGAAUCUGCACUUUCAAAUUAAGAAAUUUAUAUGCUUGUCUCAGAUACUUAAUUAUUGCAAAAAGAAUUUGGAACUUCCAUAAUUGAAUCUUGGGAUCUAGAACCCAUUUUGUAUAAUCAAAUUAGAAUCAAUUCCAAUCAAACAUCCACUAUUUUAAUAUAUCCAGCAAAACAAGAUGAAUUUUUUAAGCAUUUAUUAUUGCAGAAAACACAAAACUCUUUACAAACAAUUCUUAAAUGCUAAUUUGAAAUUCUAGAUUUUGAUUUCUUGGCAAUUAACAUUUAAGAAUGCGAUGUAGAUAGUAUCACAUUAGCUAAUGCAAUUUACAAUUUCGGAUCAUUUCUAAAAAGAUAGAAUGAAAAGACAUUAUUAAAUUGUCAUAAAGAUUUUUACAACUUACAAANUUAUACUUUAUUUCAUAAGUUACCUAAGCAAUUUCUGGUUUUGCGGAUUUUUAAAAUGAGUAUCAGAAAUGACACCAAGUGUAGAAAAUCAGCAAUAUAUCGAAAUGGAUUAAACAUUUAAUUAAUGCAAAUGGAUGAAGAAAAUUAAGGAUUAGUACAUCAAGAUGUGAAGAAACCUAAGGAACCUGAAACACGUGGCAUCCUCUCCACCAUUUGUUACAUAAUCCAACUCGUCAUACUCAUCUUAUUAGUUUUCUUGGUUUUCAAGUAUGCUCUGGCCAAUCAUAAAUAAUCGACUUAGAUCCCUUAGAUUUAAUAGUUGAACGUGAAUGAAACAGAAAAUAUAGAUGAUAUUGAUAAUACUGUGGUGUUGGAUAAAGAAGAUUAAGACAUCAUGCAAUUCUUGACUAGUCCUGAAGAUGUUACUCAAUUUGAUAACAUCAUGCCAGAACCAGAAGAAGAACAAUUUGAAGAAUUAAUAUUCGAAGCUGAACCAUGGAAUGAAGGGCAAUUAUAGGGUUGGCAAUACAAGAAUGGUUUAACUUUGAUUGUCUAAGAAAAAUAAGUGGACAUAGCUACUUUGUAAUUUGUCAUCUACCAUGGUUAUCAUGAUGAUGAAUACAAUACAUUAUUCAUGCAUUUAUUAUUGAAGUAGUAGUGUUCCUAAGCACAAUUGAUUGAAAGAGCAUACAUGAGUACUGUGACCAUUCACUUUAAAAACGAAUAAAUGGAAACUUGUAUAAGAAAGUUCGCUGAUUCACUUGUGAGAGAAUACACUCAAGAGGAUUUGGAUAAUAUUAAUAGUGAAUCAAUUUAAACCAGCGACAUUGAUCUCAUUUCCAAAAUAGACAGAGUCUUAGAUGCAAUAUCAUUAAAUAAUGAGAUCAUGACUGAACCCAUACAGAUACAAGAUUUAUAGAAUUACAUCGAAUUAAUAUUGGUUUCCAAUCCACUUAGGUUGACAAUAGAAUCUGCACUUUCAAAUUAAGAAAUUUAUAUGCUUGUCUCAGAUACUUAAUUAUUGCAAAAAGAAUUUGGAACUUCCAUAAUUGAAUCUUGGGAUCUAGAACCCAUUUUGUAUAAUCAAAUUAGAAUCAAUUCCAAUCAAACAUCCACUAUUUUAAUAUAUCCAGCAAAACAAGAUGAAUUUUUUAAGCAUUUAUUAUUGCAGAAAACACAAAACUCUUUACAAACAAUUCUUAAAUGCUAAUUUGAAAUUCUAGAUUUUGAUUUCUUGGCAAUUAACAUUUAAGAAUGCGAUGUAGAUAGUAUCACAUUAGCUAAUGCAAUUUACAAUUUCGGAUCAUUUCUAAAAAGAUAGAAUGAAAAGACAUUAUUAAAUUGUCAUAAAGAUUUUUACAACUUACAAAUCCUCUAUUAAAAGUAUGUUGAAGAUAAGGAAUUCUCUAAAAAAGAUCUUAAUGCAAUUAUUGAUAAUAUUUAAUCAGGAGUCAUUAUUAUAUAAUAGGGAUAGUUUAUCUACCAAGAAUUAAAGACUUUGAACAAGGAUGAUUUCUUAAACUCCAAUUUUGUUAAUAAAAAAGUGCAAUCAAUCGAAUACUCCAAUAUUUUGUUAGAUUAUACUAUUGUCUCAAACAUAGUUGAAUAAUUAAUAUCAUAGCUUAAGUUGCCCAAUCUCUCCUAAUACAUUCCCCUUGAAUUACCAAAUUACAAUUUUUAUACAACCAAUUAAGUAGUUCCAAUUAACAUUACCUUAUCAGAACCCUAACUCAUGAGUGACUCUCCAAAUGAUAUAGAACCUAUUUAUAAGCCUUUAACUCCUUAUGUUCCAUUAGACUUAGACCAGUCUUAAAAAAAUUACUUAGUUCCAAUCUUAACACCAAUAUAGAUUUCUUAAGAAUUGUGGUGGCAAUACGAUAACCAAACUAAUAGAGUCUUUCUCGGAAUCUUAUUCUACAAGCCGAUUAAUGGAUUUAGCAUUGCAAAAUCAAAGGCUAUUUUAAAAGUUGCCUAAAUGUAUAUUGAACAAUCAAACUUAGAUGCUAUUUCGGCAGGUUUCAACUUUUAAGUAGAAAGCAGUUUCAAAGGUCUCUCGUUUAUGUUGUCAGGAUGGAGUCUAACAUUUGAAGCAGUAAAAAACCAAGUUCUAUCAAAUAUCAAAGAGAUAAAAGAUGAAUCGAAAUUCUCAAGCAUAAAGGAGGAUUUAAGAAAUUAGUUUUAGGAAUAUUAUUUUUAAAAGACUCAAUUUUACUUAGUUCAAUAUUGGCUGCCCAAAUUAAUGUUGAGACCUGUUAAUGAUCCUGCAGACAUAAUAAGAGAAUUCUAGGAUCUAAAAUUUAGUGAGUUCUCACAAUUUUUAACUGAUAUGUUUUCAGACAUAAAGUACACAGCCUUUGUCAGUGGGAAUAUUGAUAUUCAGAAUGCAAAACAAUUGGUUUAAGAGUAUCAUCCUAAUGAUAUUGAAACCAUCACAAAGACAUUGCAAAUAGAUAAGAAUUUGAUUCACAUAAUCAAAUUGCCAGCCAAGUAAAAACAAAAUGCUGUGGUAAAAUACUUUUCUGUUGGAAAAAGAGAUUUUCUAACUACAGCUGCUUUGCUAUUGUUGUAAUUGCAUUUUGAAUAAUAAUAAACAAUUUAAGUUAGUUUUAAAAGCAUUGGUUGUGUAGAUGGACUAUUAUUCUACAAUUAAGGUACUGAUAGUGUCAUAAAAUUAAAUGAAUAAAUUUAACAAUUAAUUGAAUAACAGAGAUUCGAUUUGAGUAAUUUGAAAGAUCGAUUGAUAUUACAUUAUUAAAAUAAUGAUGAGUUUUUGUGGGAUAAGAUCUAUAAUAGAAACUAUGCAUUUAAUGUAUGAUUUAAGUAAUAGAUUUAGGAAAUCAAUGAGGUUAAGAAUUCGAUUGAGAAAGUACAAAUAAGCGAUUUCCAAGGAAUACUUCAGUCAGAAACGUUGAGCAUUUUUGGAGUAACGGAGAGUUCCAAGAUUCCAAAUAUUCCUUCUGGUUAAAAUGAUUACUCAAAGUAAAAAGAUAAAUCAUAUUUUGAAUGUGCCUAUUAAUAUCAGUCCUAAUGA